AAAUGAAUUAAAAUGCAACGUUUUGGGGGUCAAAGUUCACUUCGUUGCACUUGACCUGCAAAACUGGCUAAAGGAAACGGUACGAUUGCGUUUACUCUGCAACGUUUUUUGAACCGUGUGACUCUGUCGGGUGAAAGGUCAAGCGGCCAUCUUUGAAGAGAUCCAGAGAUUUUUAGAGAGCCAGCUGGCUAACAAAGUAAGGGUAUAGCUACAUGUAUGUGUAUUGAAACGGCACAUUUACUAGAUUAUGAAUAGAUGUAUUGGUAAUGAACUUGCAUCUAGUAUCUAGAGUAGCUAGAGAGCAAACAAAGCCAGUGGAUAGGUUAGCUAACUCGCUAGGCUACCUAGCUAGGACUUUCUUGCUGGCUAUUUGUAAACAGAUAGAUAGCUAGCGAGCUAAACACGUUUACUAGAUUGCAAACUCAUCAAUGUAAAGGCAAUUGCAUAAUCUAACCCGUUUUUGUAGGUAGCUAAAUUAAGGAAGAGAAGCAUGGACAAACAUACGAUUGGUUAGCUAACGUUAGGGUGUUUCAUGCGUAACGUUAGCAGGUUGCAUGGCUAACUGGCUGCAACUUUGUUUUUGAUGACAUUGCUAGUUUCCUCAGUUAACAUCCAAGAAACAGUUGUGGGGUGAGGCAUAUCAAAGAGAGUCCUCUCUGGGCACAUCAUGUCAUCUUUUUCCGAGUCUGCGUUGGAGAAGAAGCUUUCGGAGCUCAGCAACUCUCAGCAGAGCGUUCAGACGCUGUCUCUGUGGAUCAUUCAUCAUCGCAAACACUCGUCGCUCAUCGUCAAAGUAUGGCACAGAGAACUGAAGAAAGCAAAAAGCAGCAGGAAGUUGACUUUCCUUUAUCUUGCCAAUGAUGUGAUACAAAACAGCAAGAAGAAAGGUCCAGAGUUCGCCAAAGACUUUGAGACUGUCCUUGUUGAUGCUUGCUCUCAUGUUGCAAGAGAGGCUGAUGAUGGCUGUAGAAGGCCCAUGGACAGGCUGCUCACUAUCUGGCAGGAGCGCAGCCUCUACAAGGUAGAGUUCAUCCAACAGCUGAAGCUCGCCAUCGAAGACUCUAACAGCCCCCAACACCAACCCACAGAAGCGAAGAAGGCCCCUAAACGGACCUAUCAGAAAAUCCAGGAGCUGGAAGAAGAGGAAGAAGAUGAUGACUACAGGGGCCACAUGUCCCCACGAGAUUCAGACAUCUCAGGGCCACAGCUGACAGAGGAGCUGGUCAAAGCCCUGCAGGACCUGGAGAAUGCGGCCUCGGGUGAUGCUGCUGUGCGCCAGAAGAUUGCCUCUCUGCCACAGGAGGUGCAGGAUGUGUCCCUGCUAGAGAAGAUCACUGAUAAGGAGGCAGCUGAUAAACUGUCCAAGACGGUGGACGAGGCCUGUCUACUUCUGGCUGAGUAUAACGGACGUCUGGCUGCUGAGCUGGAGGACAGGAGGCAGCUGGCGCGCAUGCUGACAGAGUACAUCGGUAGCCAGAAGGACGCCCUCACCGAGAGGGAGAAGAAACUGGAGGAGUACAAACAGAAGCUGGCACGGGUCACCCAGGUGCGCAAAGACCUCAAGUCCCACAUCCAGAGCCUGCCUGACCUCUCUCUGCUGCCCAAUGUGACUGGAGGUCUGGCCCCUCUACCCUCUGCUGGAGACCUAUUCUCCGCCGACUGAGCUCCCUGCCACACCCUGCCUCUUGCUAGGGCACACACUGUUGAACCUGCUCACUAGCUACUGAACCCUAGGGAGAGACUGAGAGGGACAGUGGAAGCUUGGGGACCUCCCCGGUGGGAGAGACAAUGGUCGUUGAAGAUUCCGUUCCACCAGCUUGGACAAAUAUCUCCUUUUUGAUUUUAUUCUGAACGCCAGCUAACUGAUUCUGCGUUGGAAGGAAGAGAAGGGUUGGUCAUUAGCCAAUCCCCAUUUUUCUGCAAAGUGUUUUUGUGCUCAUAUGGUGGGAUGGUGGCUCUCACACCCACUAGAUCUUUGUGAAGAGAUGCAUCUCAUUUAUUUUAAUCGCUUAGAAGUUGGUUGCUUUUUGUAAUGUUGGGGGG